AUGUACUCCAAGUUUUGGCCUGCAGGAGGCCUCCCAGGCCGUCUUCACCACUAUACCGAAUCCCUCGUAACAUUUGAAUUCACAACAUCAACAACUCCUAAACCCCACUCCCUCCUCUUUGUCGGAGGCCUCGGCGAUGGCCUCGCAACAACAUCCUACAUGGCCGACCUCGCUCAAGCCCUCCAACCAACAGAUUGGUCCCUGUUCACGCUGAACCUCACAUCCUCACACUCUGCCUGGGGCCUAGGCCACUUAGACCGCGACACAGACGAGAUCGCACAAUGCCUGAACUACAUCCGUGACUACAAGACCGGAAAACUCACCAACAACACUCUCAACGCGAACGCAAAAAUCGUCCUAAUGGGUCACUCCACGGGCAGCCAAUGCGUGCUGCACUACCUCACCAAACCAAACCCACACACAAGCAUCAAAGGCUUCGACACCGACCUCAAGCACGUAACGCGCACUAAGCUCGACGGCGCAAUCAUGCAAGCGCCUGUCUCAGACCGUGAAGCCAUCCAAUGGGUCCUUAGCCAGGGCUGGAUGGGCCGAACCCCGGCGCAAGUGCAGCAAAUCUACAAGGACCUCGAGAAGCUGGCGCGUGAAGAGGUCGCUCGGAACCCGGACCCGGCAUUUGAUAGCUUGCUGCCGCUCCAUAUGACCGGGGUCAUCGGGUACCCCGGCAAUGUGCCGCUGUCGGCGCGUCGGUUUCUGAGUCUGGUUUCGCCAGGGAGCCCGGCGAGCCCGGGAGAGGAUGACCUGUUUAGCUCAGAUUUGGGUGAGGAGCAGCUGGCGGAGACGUUUGGGAAGGUUAGACAGGGCGGUUUGUUGGCGCAUAGAUUGAUGGUUCUGAUCUCUGGGUCGGAUCAGGCGAUUCCGGACUGGGUUGAUAAGGACGGCUUGCUACGAAAGUGGAGGAAGGUGCUGGAUGGUGGGAGGGCUGAGGGCGAAGCGGAGAUUUGGGAUGAAGAGGGGAGUGGGCUUGUGCCUGGGGCUUCGCAUGCCUUGAGUAACGAUGAUCAGGCGGAGCCGAGGAAGAACCUCGUUGAGAGGGUGACGACGUAUUUGAAGGGUGUAUAG